AUGUCUACGAAAGAAAUUCGAAUCCGCCCAACAGGCUGGGAGAACGCUCCCACAGAAGAGCGGUUCGUGCUCUCUGAUAUGGAUCACACGAUGCCGAAGAUCUAUGUCCAGAUAGUAGAGAUAUUUAGGCUCACACAACCCGUAUACAAGGCUGAGAUUGUGGACAGCAUGGCCGAGGGUCUGGAAUUUACCUUGAGUCAGUUCCCCAUCCUUGCUGGCGGCUUGAAGAUGGAUGCGGAGAACGGUCGAUUAUGGGUGACGAAAAAGAAGGAUGGUGAGGCUAGUCUGUUCGUGCAGGACUUGGAAGAGACUUUCCCGUCGUUCGAUGAGCUGGAUAGGACCGAUUUUCCCGCCGCAGCUUUCAAAGGGCACAUGUUCUUGCCAAAAGCGGUGACAGAGAAACAGCUAUUCUCGCCUCUUGGGGAUAACCAGAAAGACGAUCUCAUUAUAUCGACAUUCCAGAUCAACUUCAUCAAAGGCGGUCUUGUACUUGGUAUUGCUAUCCACCAUAAUUGUUCUGAUGGCCCAGGAUGCGACGGGUUUCUCACCACUUGGGCGAGGAAUUCCAAAGCAGUGAUCAAUGGAACUGCCUUCGAACUAGUUCCUCAAGGUACGAUGGAUCGAUCGCGUCUCAGUGCGAAGAAACCGGAAGCUGCGCGGUGGAAAGAACUUGACCGCAAGUUUCCUGUGCUCAAGGUUGGCGGUGGACCCCCUCCACCACCACCGGCUGAUUUUAAGAUGCCAGAAUUGGCUAUCCGGAUGUGGCAUUUCCCUAAGAGUAAGACGGAGCAAUUCAAAUCUCAAGCGAUGGCGAAGACAGGAGAAAGUUGGAUCUCGACCUACGAUGCAAUCAUGUCGAUUCUCUGGAAGAGCAUUACACGAUCCAAUCUCGACCUUCUGCACCCUGACCUUGCCAAGGAGGUCAUACUGGUACACGCGGUAAAUACACGAAAGAUACUAGACCCGCCUUUGCAAGAGACAAUGAUGGGCAACGCAGUCGCGCUUCCCCGCACGGAGCCAAUAAAGAUCGCUGAACUCAUCGCCGAAAACAAUCUUCCGGAGAUUGCGCAAAGAGUGCGAAACUCGAUCAAGACCAUCACUCCACAGUACGUCGCUGAGCUACCUGAGUGGAUCGCAGGACUAGACGACAGACGAUGGAUAAGCAUAAAUAUGAGCUCGUUCCUGGGUAUGGACUUGGCGGGCACGAGCUGGCAAGGUAUGAAUGUAUACCAAAGACACGACUUCGGUUUUGGUGUUGCGAAAGCCAUCCGUUUUCCGGAUCCUCAGUUCGAAGGCUAUGUUUUUGUAUAUCCAAGCAGGGCGGAUGUCAAGGACAAUGCCGUCGACGAAGGUAUUGAGGAAGAACCUAACAUCUAUCCGGCCCCCAGCGGCCACUUGCGCAUCAUGUCGACAUACUCGCAGCACUACCACCCGUACCAGGAACAACCGGUUUUCAUCGAUCCGCAUGCAUUCGGAUAUGGUCAAUAUGAUAACCGACGGUCGAAAACACCAACAGAUUCCCUGAUCAACCAUACUGGGCAUUCCCCCGGCCCACUUGCGACCCCACCACUUGCGAGCCGCAAUCUAUCGCAACAGCUGGAACUACCUCAAGAUCAACCGCCCGAGUAUAUGCAAUGGGAGAAUGAUAGUUCUUCGACCUCACCUACAUCCGUAAGGACACCCGACGGCUCAUCCUUUGAGGGGGAAAUGACUGAUUUCUCGCCCACUUACCACCACAACGGCAACACCAUGUCAACCCAAAGCUCAUAUCACUCUGUACCGGCGGUGGACUCCAGCAUGAUACUCAGUGACCAAGCGGUACAAGCGGCCUUCAACGCUACAAUGGCUGAGGCUCAACAAUAUCAGCAACAGUAUGCUAUGCAAACUCAACAUUCGCACCACACUUCACCACUACAUCCUCAGACAAACAUGUUCAACCAGAACUAUACUACUCAGCCACCUCGUCAUGACCCUUGGAACGGACAAGCACCUUCGCGUUCUUCGAUGGUCCCUCGAUCCGGUCAUGUCGUUUUCGACCCUGCGAGCGAUCAUAUCAAUUAUUCAGAUUACUUGAUUGAUGUGGACUCAUGGGCAGCUCAAUACACCGAUCCUUCCUCCCUGAUUUCGCCCAGCGAGCCUACUACAUCAUUCCAAGGGGACCUGUACUUCCCGCAAGGGCAGAAUCAUCCUCAUCACUCAUACGACCAUGUACCAAGGACGCAACUACCGACUCAUCAAUCGAUUGAGAUGCAAUUAACGCGGGCAUCACCACCACCUGACCAACAGAACUUCGUCAAUUACAACGCAUCAUCUAGUCUUUUUACAGAUAGUUACAUCACUAGCAACCAGUUCCCUGCCCCACCGUCGACAGCAUCGUCAACCGGUUACCCUCCAAGGUCCCCAUACCAGCCAGAGAUUAGCCCUUCUGCACCCAGUCCAGGAAGCUCCGACGGCAUGUACUCCUCGUACCAGCAUUCUGACCCUGGAAUGAUGUUCGACCAGUAUCAGCCUCCGCCAUACGCUCAUAUGCAACAACUGCCGCAGAUACAACAAGCCCAACAACCUCCUAUCAAAGUCGAUUACUCCAUCGUGAGCGGUAUGCCAGAGACAAGCUUUGAUGCAUCUCCUGAGCCAGAAUCGUCCCAGAGUGCAGCACAAAAAGCAUUAGCGGCGAAGUCUGGGGGCAGAGCGUUGGGCACCCAUCUCGAGCCAACUGUUGCCAAAGCAGCGCAUGACAUGCGCAAGAUCGUUGCAUGCUGGCACUGCGUGUUGCAGAGAGAUAAAUGUGGGCCAGGCGAUAUAUGCGAGCGCUGUUUCAAGCGGUCACAGCGACCGAAUGCCGAUUGCGGCCUCGGAUGCAACCGGUUGAAGCUGAUCGACUUGUCGCCGUACUUUCUACCUUCUCUAGUCACACAGAUGCAUGAGGACGCGAACUUGACGCACUUUGUCACUCAGUACAUCCAGCAAUGGGGGAGCGUCGAACUAACCGUGAUGAUGACAUGUGGUCAGGACAGCAUGCCUCGGAUACCAGUGAAAGUGUACGAGUUUAUACCCCGUGGAGAUGCCCUAUUGGUACAGAUCCAAUACAAGACUGAUCCUGUCACGCACACAAGAGUCGCAAUCCAGAAGCAAAGCCCAGCCUUGGGCAUGGUACAUAUCAACCACAACGAAGAGAAGAAGUACGACCGAUACAUCACCGAAAUUGUCGACCACCACCUUGAUGCCUUUGGCGAACUCUGUUGGAUGGAAGACGACAACGACUUCCAGCAGAAACUCUUCAAGUUGAUGACGCGCGUAAAACCCAAGUCGGACGACGAAGCAAAGCUACUGCGCGAGAUCUUCCGCCUCAUCGUAGUAACGUUCAUCAUGUCGCAUACGCUCACUAUCGCCGAGGAAACGAAAGUCGAUACACUAUCGCGUAUGCACUCGUACAGCGGCCACAACUCCUACGUCGAAAACUAUACAUCGCCGCGCAUGACCAACCGGCAACUCAAAUACUUCUUUUCGCGCCUUCAACGGUCGAUCCAAACCACUGUUCUCAAUAAACUUCAACAGAUCUUCAAAUCUUCCAAAGGUUGUGACAAAUGGCUUGCGGCGUUUAUUGCAGUGUUAGGAAUGUGCAUGGCACUUGAAGACCAGCAAAAGACCAUACAUCUUGUCAUGUCUACCAAGGCUGCCACAGAGGGCCUAGAUCAAAGGGAUGCGCAGAGCCAGGCGGAUAUCGCGUGCCGUGAGAUCGAUAAACGGAUGCAUUUUGUGCAGCAAAUAUUCCGAUGGAAGUACAAUCGCAAGCAUAAUCCUAUGCGUGAUGCAGAUCACGACUGGGAAAAAGAGGUGGGCUUUGGGGAUGCAAACAGUGUGAACUUUGUGAGGCAGGUUGCGCAGUUAGUGAAGGAGAAUAGUGAGUACACCGAAUGCCGCUCCGGCAUGGGCAUGCCGACUGAAUAUGUUGCUAAUGAGAAUUCAGUUGAUUUCCUGCAACAACGCCAGGCGGUUAGCAUCUCGAGUGAUAACCAGACGAAGUAUACUUCACGCCUUGUGGGACAGUUCUUGCUUUCCUUCUGGCUUCCCAGCGUAUAG